UUCUCUCCGCCACGCCCACGGCAACAGAAACCAGAGAGAGAGAAAGAGAGAGAAGCAGGUGGUAGUAGGGGAAGGAGAUGGGUAGGGGACGGGUGGAGCUGAAGAGGAUCGAGAACAAGAUCAACCGGCAAGUGACCUUCUCCAAGCGGAGGAAUGGGCUGCUCAAGAAGGCUUACGAGCUCUCCGUCCUCUGCGACGCCGAGGUGGCGCUCAUAAUCUUCUCCAGCCGCGGCAAGCUCUAUGAGUUCGGCAGCGCUGGAACAAGCAAAACCUUGGAGCGAUAUCAACGUUGUUGUUAUGCACCCCAAGAUCCUAAUGUUGCUAAUGGGGAGGCACAGAGCUGGUACCAAGAAAUGUCCAAGUUGAAGGUCAAGUUUGAGUCUCUCCAACGUUCCCAGAGGCACUUGCUGGGUGAGGACCUCGGUCCACUGAGUGUGAAAGAACUGCAGCAAUUGGAGAGACAACUCGAGUCUGCACUGUCACAGGCCAGGCAAAGAAAGACUCAGUUAAUGAUGGACAAGAUGGAAGAACUUCGGAAGAAAGAGAGACAUCUUGGAGAGAUAAACAAGCAGCUUAAAGACCAGCUUGAGGCAGAAGGUGCCGCCUUGAGAGCCCUUCAAGGUUCAUGGUGUCCUGAUAACGCAGCUGUAAGCAGCAACCCCUUUCAUCUACAACCAUCACACUUCCAUGGCACAGAUGACGGACCCACGCUUCACAUCGGGUAUCAACAGUUUGCUCCUACUGAAGCCGGGGAGAAUAACUUGAUGCUGAACUGGGUUCCAUAAUGGAUGUGCUCCCUAUAAUCUCCACACAUAUAAUGUAUUGCUAUUGCUUCUUGUCUCUGUGAAUUGCUCUUGCAUUUGAUGUUACAGCCUAAGAAAAACCUGUGUUUGUGGAUGUAGCUUGCACUCAAUGUCUAAUUUCAACUACUAUGUAUCUGUUUCUGAUUUUUAUUCA